GGAGCCGGCUCGAGGUACCCGGCGUGGACGGGCGUGAAGUGGCGGGCCAGGGCGAAGUGUGUGGCUGCCGGAUCCGGCCGGUCGGAGAGGUUGCACCUACGAUGUCGCCGUGGAGACGGCCGAAGAAGCCAAGGAACCUGCGGAGGCUGACAUCACUGAACUCUGCCGGGAUAUGUUCUCCAAAAUGGCCACAUACCUGACUGGGGAGCUGACAGCCACAAGUGAAGACUAUAAGCUCCUGGAAAAUAUGAAUAAACUAACCAGCUUGAAGUAUCUUGAAAUGAAAGAUAUUGCUAUAAACAUUAGUAGAAACUUAAAGGACUUAAACCAGAAGUAUGCUGAACUGCAGCCUUACCUGGAUCAGAUCAAUGCAAUUGAGGAGCAGGUAGCUGCUCUUGAGCAGGCAGCCUACAAGUUGGAUGCAUAUUCAAAAAAACUGGAAGCCAAGUACAAGAAGCUGGAAAAGCGAUGAAAACAUAUUUCUAUGGGAUAAAGCCUUUUUUUUAAAUGUGGAAAAAUUUUUUAUAACACAUGACCAUGAGGCUGAUAAAUUACCCAGAGAUCCUCAGCAGAAAUCUAUUGGUCAUCCUAGGAACGUGUCAGUGAUGAAUAAACUGGAGGACUGUGGCUGCUCCUGAAUCUUCUUUGAGUCAGUAUCCCUCAGAAACUCACUUCAGAUUUCCUACAUUUUACUUGAAUGCUUCAUCAUUCAGAACAGAGACUCUCAAAGUUCAGGAUAAACCUGGGCUUGCCAGAGAACCAAAUAAGGACCUGUCUUGUCUGAUAGGAUUUGAUUACUGUAUUGUUUUCUCAAAUGUCUAGUUCUUGAGUUCAUUAUUCUGUAAAUAGUUGUUUUUUUUUCAUUAAUGAUACUUGUUAACUAUUAUUCUAAAUUAAAAAGGGAAACAAAACAAA